AUGGGGAAACAAAGUGAGUCAUUGCCAUUUAAGAAAAACGUAAGUUCUUCAAAUAAAACGAAAAGCACGAACGUGGACAGUCACACAAUUUUGGAUCGAGAAAAUUCGGAAGUUAGUUUUCAGAACAGCAGCAGCAAUUUGUUGGAUCAAACACGAAAGAGAAAAAAUAGCAGUCACAAGUUUUAUAUGUACUCAAGGAAAAUUAUAACUGUAUUAAAUUAUAUAUUUUGCAUCCUAGGAAUUAUAUGUGCAUGGGGAGUAAUAGAUUCCCUCGUUCAGAUAAUUUCCGGGAUGCAGGUAUACCUGUCACUUGCAUGUUAUUCCAUUAUUCUGUUAUUUUCCCUUGCAUUCUUAACAUUUUAUAUUUAUUUUGUAGAUAGAGAUUAUAGACCAUGUGACUUUUUUUAA